AUGAGUUCUCUCUUUGUUAAGUGCAUGGUUUGUCAACAAAGGCCAGCCACUAUAAAGUGUAAUUAAUGUUAAUUGGGCUAAACUUAUAGAUUGUGUUAUAGUUGUGAUUCUUAGGUACACAACAAAAACAAUCCAUCAGAAGAACAGCAUAAAACUGAGAUUAUCCCAUAUUAAGGUAAAUCUAUCUUUAUCAUUAUAAGAAAUGUAUCAAAAAGCAGGAUCCGCCUCAGCUUUGAAAGAUUCUUCCUUAAAAGUAACUAUUUAUUUUUGAAUUUUUGUAGUCUAAACCUGAAUAGUAAUAACAAAAACAAUAACCACAAGGUAUUGCAAAACCUCAAUCCUCAGCUUCAUCUAAACAAUUCUCGAACAACUUUAAAUCAGUAAAGCCUGAAGUACCUUAAAAAGAGGAUAUUUUGAAUAAUUAAAAACUUGUUAAAGAACCUGUUUAAUUGGUUUAAUAGUAAUCUCUACCUAAUAAGUUUACUAACAAUUAUAUUUACCCUUAAUCUUAAAAUAAACAAAAAGUAGAACCUAAAUAAGAAGAGAUCUAAAGGCAAAAUAAUUCUGCAUCUUAUAUGAGCAAUUAAAACAUUAAACUUAAAGAAUAGAUUUAAGAAGAAUAAGAUUAAAAUAAUGAACUUAGGAGAGAGAUAUAAUAAACAAAAGACUAAAUUAAAAACAUUAAUAGUGAAAUCGAUAAAAAAAUGUAUAUUUUGAGAAUAUUUUAGAUAAUAAAAUUAAAGAGAUUUUGAAAAGAAAAUAAAUGAUUUAAAGAAAGAAAGCACAGAUGAAAAAAAAAAAAUAACCAAUUUAACUGAUGAAGUAAUUUUUAAUUUAAAGUAAGGUUAAAAAAUUAACUGAAUAAGUAAAAAGUGUAGAUUAAUAAACUUAAAAAAAGUUGGAUCUUUAAAAAAAAUAAUAUGAAAAAUAGAUCAAAGAUAUGGAAUAAGUAAUCAAUGAAAAAUAACAAUAAAUUGAUGAAAUUGCUGAAGAAUUUUAAAAUUAUAAUCUAGAGGAAAUUUAGGCUAAAAUGGAAGAAAUGGCUAAUGAAAUAGAUGAAAAAGAUUAAAUUAUAGAAGAAUUGAAAAAUUAACUUGAAUAAGGGGGAGGUUUAGAAGGAGGAGAAAAAAGGGAAGAUAAUGAUGAAUUAAUUCAAUAACUUGAAUAAAAGGAUGAAGAAAUUAAGAAAUUAGAGGAACUUAUAGAAAAUUUUAAAUAAUUAUAUUAAUAAAUGUAAGAUGAAAAGUAAGCAAUGAUGGAAGAGAAUGAAAAAUUACAAACAGAAAACAAUCAAUUCAGAGAAUUGUUUAGUGUAUUUUUUAGAUUAAUUUUAUUAGUAAAAUCUUCAUCUAUUUGGAAUUGAUCCAAAUUAAUUAGAAGAGGAAGAAGGAGAAGGUGAAUAAGAAGGAGAACAAUAUGAAUAGGAUGAAGAAGGUAAUUUUAUUAUAUAUUCUAGAGAAUUGAUU